UCUAGAUUAUCCAAAUUGCUUCAUGUCCACGCUCUCAAUCUCAUCACGUCACCACCUCAAAAGUCACUAUCCUCCCACUCACGUGCAUUCCCUUUUCUUAUUCCCUUGUCUAAAUUCACUUGUCCUUCUCUCACACAACAAAACAAACAAAAUCACCGUCAUCGCCCCUAGUUUAUUUUAACUUUUUAAACUCAGAAGUAAGAUCAGCUUUUAUAUAAUCAAAAAAACUUGUUACCUUUCACUUUACAAAUUCCACAAAAAUGCUGAGGGUCCCAGAACACCAAGUCGCAGGCCAUAAAGCUAUUGACGGUGUUCUCGGCCCUCUGGUGGAUGAUUCUGGAAAAUUCUACAAACCUCUUCAGAGCGACCAUCGUGGUUCCAACGAGGCCACAUUCUACGAAACCCUGUCUUCCAUUCCCGACAAUAUUCGAUCGUUCUUCCCGGUUUUUCAUGGGAUUAAGGAAGUUGAAGCUUCUGAUGGGUCUGGUCUUCAUCCUCACCUCGUACUGGAGGAUAUUCUGGCUGGUUAUGAUAAUCCCUGUGUGAUGGAUGUUAAGAUCGGGUCUAGGACUUGGUAUCCCGAGGCGGCUGAGGAGUAUGUCAGGAAGUGUCUUUUGAAGGAUAGGGAAUCGUCGUCUAUUCAUCUGGGUUUCAGAAUUUCAGGAUUGAAGUCUGUGGGACCUUCCAAGCAAGACCCCUCUUCAUGCUGGCAGCCCCACAAGAAGUUCCUUCAGAGUCUCUCUGCUGAUGAGGUCAAAUUGGUUUUGAGCAAGUUUGUUUCUUCUGACGGUAAUGCUGACCCAGAUUCUGCUUUUGCCUGUGAGGUUUUUAUGCCAGUUUUGAAGCAGCUUUUGGAGCUUAAGAAAUGGUUUGAGGUUCAAACCAUCUUUCAUUUUUAUUCUUGUUCUGUUCUGGUGGUGUAUGAGAAGGGGGAGCGUGUGAUGAAUGGGAAGAAAGCCGGUGCUGUGGUUAAACUCGUUGAUUUUGCACAUGUGGUGGAUGCAAAGGGUGCCAUUGACCAUAACUUCUUGGGCGGGCUUUGUUCUUUGAUUAAGUUUGUUCAAGAUCUCCCAUCUGGGGUAUGGGAAAGCGUUUCCGAAGAUGAAUGCUGAGUGAGAUUCUACUGCCUUGGCUCUGUUGUUUCUUUCUGUUGGAUUCCUUGCAAGUGAAUUCCCAAUUGAGAAUUUCGUAGUUAUCUUAUGGGGAGUUCAUAUCCUCAUGUUGUAAUUUCUUUCCAUCUUAUGAUAAGGUUCAAUGCAGAGAAAUUGCUUCCUUUCUUUUGGUUCAUGUUGCAGGCUCAAAUUUCCUUACUAGUGACUUGGACUUUGUCUGAUAAGAUGGCUUAUUCUAUAAGGUCUUUUUGUAACUGUUUUAGAAAGUUUCAAAUGAUGCUUUAAUGUCCUUGUCA